AAUUAUUUAAAAUUUUCUAAUUACUUAUUUAGAACCUAAUAAUUAAUUGAUUAAUUAAAGGUUUAAUUUGAAAAAUAAAUAAGAUUUUUUUUAUCAAGAUUCAAGAGAUAAGAAGUUUACUUAACUACAACUCUAACUAUUUAAACUUUAUAUGGCAAAGUCUUAUUGAGAAAAACGGGUCAUGUAACAUAAUUUUUGUACACUGAUGAUGAUGAUAUAUAUUCGCUCAUGGGAAAUUAUAAAUUAUACAUAUUUUAUGAUAUAUUUCCUGUCAAAACUGAUUUAUAGUAUACUAGUCAAAACAAUUUCCUGACGCGGACAACGUCUAGUAAACAUUCCUCUUGUGCUGUUCAAAAUCCACCACUUCUCUUCUUGUCUUCUCGUAUUCAAGCCCAUUAUAUCACGACAGUUAUACUUCCAACCUCAUAUUUAUAAAUACAUAACUACAUCUACCAACACACACUACAAAACUCCUAUUCAUCAUCCCAACGAUCUUGUCUUAUUUCAUUACACAUAAAAAAUCAUGAUCUCUAGGGUUUUUGACUUCAUGAAGAAAUCUAAAUCGUCCAUUCAACUAAACAACACAUCAUUCCUCGAUCUUCUCCCUUCUUCAUCAUCAACCAAACCAAAAGCUUUGCAUGAUGUGUUCAUCAACCACAGAGGAUCCGACACAAAGAGAAACAUCGCAACAUUGCUUUACGACAAUCUCAAUGCCCGUAACUUACGUCCAUUCUUGGAUAGCAAGAACAUGAAGCCUGGAGAUAAGCUUUUUGAUCAUAUAAACCGCGCCAUUCUCACUUCUAAAGUCGCCGUAACCGUGUUUUCUCCAAACUACUGCGAUUCUUAUUUCUGUUUGCACGAGCUUGCUCUUAUAAUGGAGUCCAAGAAAAGGGUCAUACCGAUAUUUUUCGACAUCAACCCUUCACAACUCGAUGUUAUGAUCGAAAAGGUGACAUGUUCUGAUAAUGAAAUACAACGGUUUAGAUGGGCUCUUCAAGAAGCUAAAGAUACCGUUGGGCUUGCGUUCGAUUCCUGUAAAGGGUAAUUUUUGAGAUAACAUUUUUAUAUAAACGAAUGUUAUAUAAAAACUUCUGAUUAAACUCACAUUUUAUUCUUCUUCUUUUUGGCACAUUAUAGGAAUUUAUCGGAGGUUGUUACAAUUGCGUCGGAUGUUAUCGUUGAGAGGUUGGUGGAGUUAGAGGCUAAAGAUGAAGAUGUUUAGGCGUUGGCGGAACUUUAAUUAACUCCAAAUCAAACGCUUCACUCAAGCAUAUAUUUUUUUUUUUAGUUUCCCAUGAUUGAUAAAUUUAAUUGAUUUCAUUCGUGCAUAUAUAUACAGUAUAUCCUAAGAAAUCGAUAGUUGAUAUAUAGAAGAGACAUCAAUUUUUUUUAUGAGGAUUUAUAAUCUCCAUUAUUCUUUGUAAUUCUUUUGUGUGUGUUCCAUGUACGUAAUUGCUUUUUUCUUUUUCUUUUUGUUUUAAGGGUCUAGUACGUAAUUGCUAUGCUUUUGUAAGCUCAAUAAAUAUAAAAACAUUAUCUCUUUAGGACAUAAUUAACGGGAGUCUUUAGUGGAUUUCUUAGG